ACCAACUAUGAGCAGCCACGAAGACGAUUUAGACGAUGACUUGCCAUGCGUGUCUCUAAGCCAGUCGACUGGUGGAAAAAGUGAGCUGGAGAUGCCGCCAGCGUCGCAGCUAGCGUCGCUGCGAGCUCGUGAGGACGCGGUGGAGCGCGCGUUGCAAGAUUUACAUGAAAACAAUGAUCCUCUUCUGGUCAGCCUUUCUAGAAGCACUAGCCAAAGCUCGGCCAGUGAGGAGGGUGAGGCAGCAUUAUCAGCCGCAGUCUCGGCACUGCAAGUAGCAGAAACUCCUCCGGACACCCGAGGGAUGUGUGCGGAGCGCUUACAGCUGCUGACGUCUAUGAGGGACCAUUUCCCGGACGAUAGGGAGUUUCUCGAUAAUUAUAUAAAGAUGAUGAAGGAGAAACCAGAAGCGGUGGAUGCUGUUACUGAACAUGUGAGUUAA